GCUUCCCCGGUCCUUCCUAAUGCGGCGAGCUGAGCUGCCGGCACCAUGCAGUCGGACGACGUAAUCUGGAAUACACUAGGAAACAAGCAGUUUUGUUCUUUCAAAAUAAGAACCAAGACUCAGGGCUUCUGCAGAAAUGAAUACAGUCUGACUGGUCUGUGCAAUCGGUCGUCCUGUCCUCUGGCAAAUAGUCAGUAUGCUACCAUUAAAGAAGAGAAAGGGCAGUGCUACCUGUACAUGAAGGUUAUAGAGCGAGCAGCUUUUCCCAGGCGUCUCUGGGAACGGGUCCGGCUUAGUAAAAACUAUGAAAAAGCACUGGAACAAAUAGAUGAAAAUCUGAUCUAUUGGCCCCGCUUUAUCAGACACAAAUGUAAGCAGAGGUUUACCAAGAUAACCCAGUACCUGAUUCGAAUCAGAAAACUUACACUGAAGCGACAGAGGAAGCUUGUUCCUUUGAGUAAGAAGGUUGAACGAAGGGAAAAACGAAGAGAGGAAAAAGCAUUAAUAGCUGCCCAGCUGGACAAUGCUAUUGAGAAGGAAUUGCUGGAGAGACUGAAACAAGAUACGUAUGGCGACAUCUACAACUUCCCCAUCCAUGCCUUCGACAAGGCCCUAGAGAAACAGGAAGCAGAAAGUGACUCUGAAGAUGAAGAAGAAGAAGAAGAUGAAGACGAAGAAGAGGAUGUGGGGAAAAGAGAGUUUGUAGAAGAUGAGGAGGUGGAGGAGAGUGACCUGAGUGACUUUGAGGAUAUGGAUAAACUGAAUACUGACAGUGAGGAAGACCAGGAUGAUGAAUCCUCCAAUGAUGAAGAGGCUCAUAAGGCUAAGCACAAAGGCAAAGCACCCUUGAAAGGACCUUUACGGAAAAAACGGGCCUAUGUGGAAAUAGAGUAUGAACAGGAGACAGAGCCCAUGGCCAAAGUCAAAGCCACAUGAGUUCCCUUCACACUGGCAGCUGUGCUCUUGUGUGUUCUGUUUCCUAAAGUAUUUAUAUUGUUAAUAUUUAUGUCACUUCAGUGGAGCCGAAAUCUGGAGUGAGUAUGAAGAGCCUUGAGUUGAGAGGCGUAUUUUUAUAACACAUGCUGUAACAGCUUGAGCCCAAGGAAUCUAACAGAUGAAUUCCUGGAGCUGGAAUGGCACUGGCUGUAAAUAUUUCUAAAUUACUUAGAAAUGUCAGGAUUUCAAUUUUUUUCUCACUCAACUUUUCUUAUGUGGACAAAUAGAAGAGAUAAAAAUUUCAACUUAUAAUAUUUUAAUACAAAAAUAGAUUUUUACCCCCAUAACUACAUCCAUGUGAUCUGGGAUAAGGAGAGCGGCCUUUCCUGCUGGUUAGUCACCUUCAGUGUCAUCGCCAGGAGAAUCUGCAGAGCCCUGCUGCACCUUCCUGAUGCAGCUCACCACUGUGCUGUCUUCACAGGAUACUGCAAUUUUAGCCAGAAGACCCUGAAACAUGAGAGCAAACGGGCAUUGAUUUCUGUAAAACCUGUUUCCCCACAGCCUUUAUUCUUUUGUCACAUACUCAAAAGAUGAGAGACUGCAUGGCCCUAGGGGAGGGUGCCUCCAUCAGAACAGGUGUUAACUGAGAACUGUCCCAUGCUUGUAAGUAGUGGGCUGGCUCGGAAGAACCUCCUUCAUUCUAGCCAAAACAACUCCAGGUGGACCUUUGGCUGGAAAACAGACCAACACAAGGGCUGCCGUGCGAUGGCCAAAUAAACUGAAAAACAGCAAGCCAUGCUCUAGCUCUACAUAUUUUGGGGUAUGGAUUUCUUUUCAUGUUCCUUUAAACUGGAGACUUCUAAUUGUGGUAAAAAUGAGAAAUUAGUCUUUUUGAUUUUCAUAUAAAUACACAUAGACACC